AUGGGUAUCUUUGGACGAGCCGCACCGGCUCACGUGGAGACCGAUAAGGUCAUCCCGUUGGGCUUCCUGGACAAUAGUCCGCUAAUGACAAGAAUUGUCCUCUACAACUUGAUGGUCUUCGAUGACGUUCUUGAUCCCGAGAAGCUUCGAGAUGCCCUCGACCGGCUGGUGCAAAGGCCAGGCUGGGGGAAGAUGGGUGCUCGGCUCCGAAAUAAUGCCAAAGGCGUAAUCGAAUAUCACGUCCCGGCCGUCUUCUCUCACGAACGUCCAGCCAUCGGCUACAGCCACAUCGAACAUGAUAUGAAGAGGGAAGACCACCCGUUAGCAAGCAGGCUCCCCAAGCCAACAACCAACGCCGGCGCAACAAUCGUGGCAGACCCCGAUGAGUUUCUACCGCUGGCCAAAGGGCCCGACUGUCCAGCUGUCGUCGACGACUACCUAUACUCAGACCGGCCCCUAUUCGGCCUCCACAUCGUCUCGUUCACAGACUCAACGCUUGUCACGCUGCACUGGCUGCACGUUGCUUGCGACACGCUGGGCAACAAGGCCGUGAUGCAGAACUGGAUGCUGAUGCUUCAGGGGAGAGACGACGAGGUUCUUCCACAGGCCGGCUUCGACAGCGACCCCUGCGCCGACCUCGGCAAGUAUCCCAUCGAGACACACGUGCUCGAGAAAGAGCGCAUGUCCAACGGCGCCAUGGCGGGCUGGGUCUUCAACAAUCUGGGCGAUCUGGCGUUCCGCGCAAAAGAAAACCGCAUGGUCUGCCUGCCCGGCGCGUACGUGGACAAGAUGUACGAAACCGCCAUGGACGAGCUCGCAAGCCAGGCCGAGCUGAGCAAGAAGCCCUUCCUGACCGAAAACGACGUCCUCACAGCCUGGUGCACCCGCAUGGCCCUGAGCCACCUCCCACCAGACUCGGACACGCCCGUCACGGUCCAGGUGGCGGGAUCAAUGAGAAAGGCGCUCAAGGUCGACCUGCUGCCCACCGACCAGCCGUACGUCUCAAACUGCUUCGGCUUCAUGAACGUGCUGCUCCAGGCCGGCGAAAUCCUCAACCACCCGCUCAGCUACACGGCGGCCAAGAUCCGCGAGGCCAUCAACGUCCAGCGGUCGCGCGGCCAGCUCGAGGCCUACUGGGCCAUGUUCCGCGAGCAGUCCGUUGCGCUGCCGAUAUUCUUUGGCUCGAGCCGGACUCAUCAGCUGAGCUACUCCAACUGGACCCGGUCGGACCUCUUUAACACAGACUUUUCUGCCGCUGCUGUUAAUCCACGCAGCGAGCCGUGUCUGCCGUCGUAUAUCAACCAUAGCCAGAUGCCGUUUCAGUUUGGAGAGGGCUUUCUCUUCAUGGGUAAGGACUCGAAGGGUAACUACUGGAUGUGUGGAUACCGUGUUAAGGGGAAGUGGGCGGAGAUACAGAAGACGCUGGAUGCUGAGGCUAGGGCCAUGGCUUGA